UUUACGUAUUGGUCAUUUUACUGUCAACUACAGCCGUUUGAGCGGGCCAAGAAUGAAAACCAGUUUGGCAGUGUUACUUGUGCUCCUUGCAGCUACUCUUGCUCUAAGGAAUGGAGGCAAACGUGGCAGACCCAACAAAAAAUUUCACAAUCAAAACUUGCAGGAGUGUGGCCCAGAUAUAACGUGUUCUCAGCCUCUGCGUUGUUGUCCGGGAUUGAGAAACGCAACAGUUUCUCACUGUCAGAGAGUCAGCCCGGUGAACGGCCGCUGCGACUUGACCGGAGAAAGCGGGUGUGGAUGCGAGAGCGGCCUAGUCUGCUCGAAUCGCACAAUCAACAAACGUAAACUGCAGCAUGAUGUCGAUGAACAUCGUGACAGCCAUGAAAAAAAUCGCUCCAAAUCCUGGAAUCAUGGAAUUUGUCUUCGGCUGAACGCUGACGGUACUGAAGAUACUACGUCCAACAACAACAGAAGCGAUUCGUCUGGUCGUCGAAAUCUACAAAGAAACCAGGAUAGAGACGGCAAUCCCCUCCACGAACCAAAGUCAAAACUCCCAAAGCAAGAGUGUGAGUUGACGGGGACAGCAAGCGAUGCAACUGUGUGCCCCGAAGAGUUUCAAUGCUGCCCGGGAAGAAACGUCAGUGCAUUUUUCUGUCAAAAACCGCGUAAACUCAACAAAUCGUGUGAUCUCGACAAUCAGAAGGGAUGUGGAUGCGUAACCGGUCUAACAUGUGUAAACGUGACUGAUACCACAAACACAAAACCCAGCAAUGCCAAAAGAACAAGAAUGAAUAAACGUAAACGUAAAGGAGUUUGCCGAGCACAAACAACAGAGUGA